GUCACUUAGUGGUCACUCUGUGGUCAGUGGUCGCUCUGUGGUCAGUGGUCACUCCGUGGUCACUCAGUGGUCACUCUGUGGUCAGUGGUCACUCAGUGGUCACUGUGGUCCCCCCACAGGAAGAUCCAGGAGGAGUCCCUCCGCACGUACCUGUUCACCUACAGCAGCGUCUACGACUCCAUCAGCAUGGAGACACUGGCAGCCAUGUUUGAGCUGGACCUGCCCACGGUGCACGGCAUCAUCAGCAAGAUGAUCAUCGGGGAGGAGCUCAUGGCCUCGCUGGACCAGCCGACGGCGACGGUGAUGAUGCACCGGACGGAGCCGACGGCGACGCAGAACCUGGCGCUGCAGUUGGCCGAGAAACUGGGCAACCUGGUGGAGAACAACGAGCGCGUCCUCGACCAGCGCCAGGGCGCCUACGGGGGGUACUUCCGGGACCAGAAGGACGGCGGGUACCGCAAGGGCGACGGGUACCUGAGACGAGGCGGCUUCCGGCAGGAGCGCGGCAACUACUGACCCACACCUGGCCCGCGGCGGGGCCCACCUGCCCCAGAGAGCCCUCACCUGCCCCACAGAGCACUCACCUGCCUCACAGAACCAUCACCUGCCCCAUAGAGGUCUCACCUGCCCCACAGGUCCCUCACCUGCCCCAUAGAACCAUCACCUGCCCCAUAGAGGCCUCACCUGCCCCACAGGUCCCUCACCUGCCCCA